AUGCACUCCUCCAUCAUCCUCUCUUCAGCCCUCUUCGCUGCGGCCGCCCUCGCCGCCCCGGCCCCUUCCAAGACCAUGUCCUCGGCUCCCGCCGCCAACACCAGCUACUCCCACGACGGCCACAAUGGCGGCUCCAUCGACGACGUCCUCCCGCCUAUCGUCCCCGUCAACACCCGCUCCGGCAACCAGGACCUUAUCACUAAACUCCUGACCGCCCCUACCCAGCAGGACCGAGUCAAGCUCCUCAACCAACCCGGUGACUUCGUCUUCGACUUCAACGACUCCGGCGCCCCGGAGGGCUCCGAGUCCCGCGGCAAGGGCGGCUUCUCCACCUCCGCCACGGCCAAGACCUUCCCCGCCCUCAUCGGCAACGGCGCCGCCAUGACUCUCGGCUUCCUCGGCCCCUGCGGCAUGAACACUGCCCACGUCCACAACCGGGCCACCGAGCUCAAUGUCAUCGUCAAGGGUCGUCUCGUCACCAACUUCCAGAUCGAGAACGGCGUCGAGCCCAUCGCCAACACCAUGAAUACUUUCCAGAUGUCCGUCUUCCCUCAGGGCGCCAUCCACCAGGAGUUCAACCCCGACUGCGAGGAUGCCGUCUUCGUCGCCGGCUUCAACAACGUCGACCCCGGUGUUGAGCAGGUUGCCCAGACCUUCUUCAACCUGCGCCCGGAUGUCGUCUCUGCUACUCUUGGUGGUGUCCAGACCAUUGACGGCGCUGACCUCGAGAGCUUCCGUGAGCACAUCCCCGCCAACAUUGCUCUCGGCAUCGACGCUUGCUUGAACAAGUGCGGCAUCAAGCGCAAUGCCAAGCGUGACCUCAACGAGAUCUUCGGCGCUGCUCAGUAA